ACAGUCAUCAUGACACAUCUUCAACAUAAGGAAAAGCUUCCUCCUUGGAAGCGUUUUAUCUACUAACCUUGCGGAGAGGUUGGCUUCUUCUUAUGGUUAGCAUUUUGAGAAGUAAUUAAAAAGCUACUCGUCUUGGCAAGCAGAUAUUGACAGACACUAAAUGUGUGCCAGAAGUGACCUACAGCUAGCUUUCUAGCUCGAGCUCGCUAAAAGAGAGCUUAACAAGCUAGUACGCGUAAACGCCAGCUAACUGAGGAGACCUAAUAAUUUAACAUUAACGUUCAUCAAAGAGAGCAGCUGAAAAGGAUACCUGUUAUCGUUGUAUCUACAGGACAUAUUAGAAAGUAGCAGCACAAGUAAGCCUGUAGAGACACUGAAGUGAAAUUACAGGCCACAGACAAAGAUGAACACAUCCUUCCCAUGGUUUCCCAUGAAUCUCACCUGGAGUGGGUGGGUGUUGUGAGAAAGGAGAGAGGAGGACAGAGCACAAGGCGACUAUAAACAAGAGUCAUGAAUCUCCAUCAGGUCCUCACGGGGGCUGUCAACCCUGGAGACAAUUGUUUCUCUGUAGGGAGCGUCAACGAUGUGCCAUUCACGGCCUAUGCGUCAGGUUGUGAUGUGGUGAUUUUGGGCAGUAACUUUGAGCGACUGCAGAUCAUCCCAGGGGCCAAACAUGGCAACAUCCAGGUCGGCUGUGUCGACUGCUCACUGCAGGGUGGACAGAUUGCAGCUUCCUAUGGAAGCAUUGUGUGUGUCUUUGAGCCUGUUCAGCACCCAGAUCAAAAAGACACAUCACUGACUAAGUUGAACUGCCAAUGGCAAAAGACUGGUCAAUUUGUAUUAAAGUCUAUGGUACGGAACCUGGCCUGGCACCCCACAGGCAGCACUUUGUUAACAGGCUCUAGUAGCCUCCAGUUGUGGUCUAAUGUUGAUGGAGUGAAAGAUGAAGCUGAAGAAGUGGAAAAGCAGACAGAGAUGACCAUAAGAGACUCUCAUUCUGCCUGGAGCUGUAUCUGGCAAAGCAAGACGGCCUCUCCAGUCAGUUUAAUGAAGUUCUCUCCUGAUGGGGAAUUCUUUGCUACUGCUGGACAGGAUGACUGCCUAGUAAAGGUCUGGUACAGCACUAGUAAGUGGAAGUCAGGUGUUUCCAAACUCUUCACACCUCCAGAACCCAGUGUCAGUUUCCAGGGAGAGCUGGCCUUUUCAUUUGUAUACCUGGCUCAUCCCCGUUCUGUAACUGGUUUCUCUUGGAGGAAGACCAGCAAGUACAUGCCACGAGGUGCAGUGUGUAAUGUUCUGCUCACCUGCUGCAAGGACAGCGUGUGUCGCCUCUGGGCAGAGACGCUUUUGCCGGGUGACAGCCUCCUGUCCACUUACCAUAACAACCACACUGGCCAGAACAGUGACACACCCAGGUGUGCUGGUCCUUCUGGGAAAAACGCCUGCAAUGGGAAGUCGCAAGGAAGAACAGCACAGGAAGUAAGCUACUCAAAUUCGAAUCUUCAAGAAUCAUUGGACGCCUCCUUUUAUCGGGAUGUGCCCCAGCCCUCUCUGACUGGCUGCCUGCCUCACCAUCAGAGCCAGCACUAUAAUCAUAAGAGGAGCAGCAGCAACAUGCCCCAUGCCAACGCUCUCUGCCAUUUCCACAUUGCUGCAAGCAUCAACCCUGCCACCGACAUUCCUCUGCUGCCCUCCAUCUCCUCUCUGAGUGCUGUGGAUGAUGAGGAACCUGGAGGACCUUUUACUGUCCACUGGCUCAACAACAAAGAGCUUAAUUUCACUUUAGCUAUGGAAGUCUUCCUGCAGCAGCUUAGAGGCAGCCUGGAGCAAGGGAAUGAGUGCUCUAAUGAAGAGCCUGAAGAUGAGGAUAACUUUAAUGAAGAAGACAAUGGUAACAGGCCAAGUAACUCCCAAGUACCUGAGGCUGUGGAGCUUCCUCUGGCAGCAGUGAAGCACCAGGUGGACGAGCUGUUAGAGGAGUGGAAUAAAGGGGCAGACAUGUUGUUCAGUAUCCAUCCCAUGGACGGCUCUCUGUUAGUCUGGCAUGUGGACUGGUUAGAUGAAUACCAGCCAGGCAUGUUCAGACAAGCUCAGGUGUCGUUUGUGUCCCGUAUCCCAGUAGCGUUCCCUACAGGUGAUGCAAUCUCCUUGAGCCACAGUGUGGUUAUGUAUGCCUGCAACAAGAACGUGGAUCUGGCUAUCCAACAUGGCCGACAGCGACCACCUGGGAACACAUUGCCUCAAACCAAAACUGCUCUUAUAAGCUACGGUGGUCAAGGAAAAGCUUUACCCAGCAGUAGUCUUCGACUAAGCAUUUUUACCCCCAACGUCCUUAUGAUCUCCAAACACGCUGAUGGCUCCCUGAACCAGUGGGCAGUCAGCUUCGCAGAGGACUCUGCUUUCUCCACCGUGCUCAGCGUCUCUCACAAGUCACGGUACUGUGGCCACCGCUUCCACCUUAAUGACCUGGCCUGUCACUCAUUACUCCCUCUCCUCCUCACCACUUCACACCACAACGCCCUGAGGACGCCUGAGGCAGACAGCAUCCUGGCUCCUCCGGACACCUACUCUGGUUUCUCUCAUCCAACAUCGCUGCCUCGAGGGUCACGGUCCAGUCGGGUGUCCCUGGGUGUAGUUUCCCAGGAUCCCAAUGCGAUCUACAGUGAGCUGAUUUUAUGGAGAGUGGACCCUGUCGGCCCACUGUCUUUGUCAGGCGGGGUCUCCGAGCUAGCCCGAAUCAAUUCUCUGCAUUCGUCAGCAUUUGCUAAUGUAGCCUGGCUGCCCACACUCAUUCCUAGCAGCUGUUUAGGUGUGUACUGUAAUUCUCCCAGCGCCUGCUUCGUGGCAAGUGACGGCCACUCACUCAGGCUGUAUCAGGCUGUUAUUGAAGCUAAGAAACUCCUGAGCGAGCUCUCCAAUCCUGAGAUAUCAAAAUAUGUUGGGGAGGUGUUCAACAUCAUCAGUCAGCAAUCCACAGCAAAACCAGGGUGUAUUAUAGAGUUGGAUUCCAUUACUGACUUUCAGGGGAAGCAGACCCAACUCCUACAUGUUUUUGAGGAGCAUCUGAUCCUCGGCAGUGAGAGAACAGAAAGCACACAGGAAACUCCAGAUUUUCUUCACACAGCAGCCUCAAGCAAGGCGGCUUUCUCGGCACGGUUUUUCCUUGUGGUGGUCGAAUUGACCCCGACAGGUCGCUCGCUCCUCCACAUGUGGCAUCUCCAUCUUGCUGCUCAACCUAUCACCAUGGAAGAAACCGCGACAGAGAACGAUGCCACCACAGCUUCUCCUAUGAACAGCUCUACUUUGAGCUUUGACAGGUUCAGAUCUCCAGUAACUCAGAAGAGUAAACCCUGCACUUCCAAUCUGCAGAGUGCCUGUCGCCUCAGCCUCACAACACACAGGCUGUACAGCCAAGAGAUGGCUCUGCCAGAAGGAGUGGAAGCCAUCAGUGUUACACCUUCAUCAGGUCACUUGAGUGCGUCAUGUUCUCUGCCAGCUGAUCGUGUGCCUUACCUCCUUGCUACUUCCUGUUCUGAUAGAAAGGUGCGGUUCUGGAGGUGCAAUGUCAUUGCGUCAGAGCCUUCCAUUAUGGACAAUUUGGUAUACCAGUGGGAGGAGUGGCCUCUGCUGGUGGAGGAGAGACUUCCCAACAGCAGCGCAGUAAGAGUGCAAGGUCGUCCUAUAGAGGUCAGCUGCUGUCACUCUGGACGGAUUGCAGUUGCCUACAGGCAGAUGCCAAACACACCUCUGAGCUCGACACCCUAUCUGAACUCUCAUGGACUGUUGACUUCUCCUCUUACGCUGGCUUCCCUCCCAUAUGUGCAGUCCAACACCAACACCCACCUGACCCCAACCCUAACUGUACAGUGUAGCCCAAAUCUCACUCCCAGCCCCAACCCAGCAAACACUAGAGAGCCAUUGGUCCACAUUGGCAUCUUCCAGUGUGAGUCCACUGGUGGUUCGCAGUGGAUUCUAGAGCAGACUAUCGUUCUGGACAGCACAGAUCCCACAACUGGAAGUGCCAAUAUUCCAGGUAACAUGGACUUCCCUAUACCUAACGAGGAGGACUGUCCUGGUUCUACUAGUAAGAGCCUGGUUCAUUUGGACUGGGUCUCCCAAGAAGAUGGGUCACAUGUUCUGACUGUUGGUAUUGGGACAAAGAUUUAUAUGUACGGUCGUCUGUCUGGGAAGCCUCCAGAACUCGGUUUGACAUCUGAUGCCAGUAGAGACCAGAGAUUGUCUCGCCUGGUUCUGCUUCGAUCCGUUGAUCUGGUCUCCUCUGUUGAAGGCUCAUUACCUAUUCCAGUCUCCCUCUCCUGGGUAAGAGAUGGCAUCUUGGUAGUAGGCAUGGACUGUGAGAUGCACGUCUACUCCCAGUGGCAGCCCCCAGCACCAUCCAAACACAAUGCUGCGAUUGUCCAAGACACAGACAUCAGCAGCAGUGUCUCCUCCAUAAUCUCAGCCGUCAGACAGAGCCAGGAGGAGGGGCUCAGCUCUGGGGCACCCAUGUCUUCACUGGCCCCUCCCAAAAAGGCCCUGACAAGAUCGAUGAUGAGCCUGGCUCAGAAACUCAGUGGGAAGAGAACAGCGUAUGAUCUGCCUGUAGAGAUGGAAGAUUCUGGGCUUUUUGAAGCAGCUCACCAACUCUUUCCCACUCUGCCCCAGUACCACCCUGUACAUUUAUUGGAGCUCAUGGAUCUAGGGAAGGUUCACCGUGCCAAAGCCAUCCUCUCCCACCUGGUGAAAUGCAUUGCUGGAGAAAUUGUCACACUUAAAGACAGUAGCACCAAUCCUGAGAAACGUGUGCGUUCUCAAACCAUCAGCGCCGGAGGCAGCACAGCCAGGGAUCGGAAGAUGUUCAGCAAAGCAGAGAACUCCACCCCUGACUACACAGAGAUAAGCUCCAUCCCUCCCCUGCCUCUGUACGCCCUUCUUGCAGCCGAUGAGGAUACAUCACCAAAACCUGAUAAAGUGGGCAGUGUGAGUGGAGAUAGUGGGCAUGGUUCCAGUCACACUGAUGUUUAUGAUGAGCUGUUUCAUACACCCAGCAUUGCAGACCUGGACCCUCUGGAAGACGAUCAAGAGGAAACUGGGAACAAGGUAAUUGACCUGUCCCAGUACAGUCCGACAUUCUUUGGUCCAGAGCAUGCCCAGGUUCUGUCCAGUCAUCUUCUUCAUUCCAGUUUGCCGGGCUUAACCCGUAUGGAGCAGAUGUCUCUUAUGGCACUGGCCGACACCAUCGCUACCACAAGCACAGACCUCAAGGACAGCCAGGGCAAGAGCAAAGGUGGAGAGACACUGGAUGAGUGUGGUCUAAAGUUCUUGCUGGCCGUCAGACUCCACACCUUCCUCUCUACCUCCCUGCCUCCAGCACAUCGAGCACAGCUGCUACGGCAAGGCCUGUCAACAUGUCAUUAUGCCUGGGCCUUCCACUCUGAGGCUGAGGAGGAGCUGCUGAACAUGCUGCCUGCCCUACAGAAGGGAGAGCCCACCUGGCCUGAGCUGCGCUCAAUGGGUGUUGGCUGGUGGCUGCGCAGCACCAACAAGCUACGCAGGUGUAUUGAGAAGGUUGCCAAGACUUCUUUACAGAGAAACAAUGAUCCUCUGGAUGCAGCCAUAUUUUACCUCGCACUGAAAAAGAAGGCAGUGGUCUGGGGAUUGUACAGGUCUCAGAACAAUGCUAAAAUGACAGAGUUUUUCCGCAACAACUUCAGUGAGGACCGUUGGAGGAAAGCAGCACUGAAAAAUGCAUUUUCUCUGUUGGGAAAGCAGCGGUUCCAGCAUUCUGCAGCCUUUUUCCUUCUAGCCGGCUCCCUCAAGGAUGCUGUGGAGGUGUGUUUAGAGAAAAUGCAGGACCUACAGCUUGCCCUGGUGAUCUCCAGAUUGUAUGAGUCUGAGUUUGAGAUGGCAUCCACCUACAAAAAGAUCCUCCAGAGACAUGUUCUGGGACAAGACAAACAGAUUCAAGCCCACCAAGACCCGUUCCUGCGGAGCAUGGCUCACUGGGUCCUGGAGGACUACAGCAGAGCCUUGGACACUCUACUUGAACAACCUGUGAACAGCACCAGCUCUGGGUCCACUGAGAGCAAAUGUGACACUGGUUCCUCUUCUGUGUCUGCAUGUAAUCCUGAGGUUUUCAACUUUUACACCUACCUUCGUACCCACCCACUCCUCCUUCGCCGCCAUUUUGGUUCUUCAGACAAGGCUAAAGUUGGACUGACCGCUGAGGGUCGCAGGGCUGACUCCAUUAGCCUGGAGGAGAGGAAGCUGUUUUUCACAGCUGCAUAUGCACACCUGCAAGCUGGCUGCCCCAUGUUAGCACUUGAAGUCCUCUCCAAGAUGCCAAAAGUCCGCAAGCAUUCUAAACUCCCCGACCAGGAAGAUACUGGCACCGCUGCCAAACUCAAUGUUGGCAGCAAGAAUGGACAAACAUCGGAGCCGGAUUGGCCUCAGCCGGCUCUAAACGGCUACGAGUCAGACGCAAACAGCUUAUCCAACAGCCAGUCAGAUUCAGUGUUAAGUUUUGACUGGAGCCAGCCUUCACUGACGCAUCCAGACGAGUCCCUGGAGCUAAAGUGGGAUGUUGACAAAGAUGAUGAUGAAGAUGAGGAUGAAGAAGAAAAUAAAAAUGUUAAGAGCAGUAGAAGUGCAGAUAGCAGCAGUGUGUUCCAGGACGCACAGGAUGCCAUGUCGCCAUUAAUGGAGACAGUGACGAGAGAGGACAGUGAAGACCGCAAUGACUUCCUGGCUCCAUCUAAUGACACCUUGGCAGCCCAGCUCAAGUUUACUGCCUGCUUGAAGAUUAUGACCAAUGAGCUCCGGACGCUGUCGACAGGGUAUGAACUGGAUGGAGGGAAGCUACGUUGCCAGCUCUACCAGUGGUUGGAAAGAGAGGUGGUGGCUCUCCAGCGUUGCUGCAGCUACAAGCCCUGCUUGCCAGAGCUGUCUGCUCAGGGUGAUGCCCCUGUUUCUGGGUUGGUGGAGGAGGAACAGCCGGGGAGUCCUCGUGGUGACAGCCAGAGGAGCAGGAGACACUGGCUGCAGAGUAACCAGCCCUUACUGAGGAUGUUUCUGAGCUACUGCAACUUGCAUGGCUCCCACGGUGGAGGACUGGCCUCGGUGCGCAUGGAGCUCAUAUUAUUGCUUCAAGAGUCUCACCAGGAUGACACCAUCCAGUCAGCGGUGACGCCAUGUUGUCAACCGACUUCUAUCCCUCUUCUGAUGGCUUGCACGGCCAACGUAAAGACAGUGGUGGCCAAUCCUAUUGUCUACCUGACCAACCUGGCUCAUGACAUCUUGCAGACCAUCAAUUCACUCGACUCUCCUCCACAUCCCGAUGUCGUUAACAAUGAGAUCUAUGUGAUGCACACAUUGGCUGCCUCCCUGUCAGCCUGUAUAUAUCAGUGUCUGUGUGAUGGACACACCCACAGCGAUGUGAACCAUUUCACAGGAAUCGUUUAUCAGAGUGUUUUGCUGUCUCAGAAGCAGCCAGUCAGAACUGUCAGCAUGGAUGAGUCUGUUCAGCCCAACACUUCUCCUGCACAGUGGCCAGGUAUAGCCUCUCUGAUUCGCCUGUUGAGCUCAGCAGGCGAAGAGAGCCAGCCAGGCUUAUCUGUGCUGCUCUGUGAGAUCCUGACUGCUGUCUUCCUCAGUCUGUUUGUUCACGGCAUGGCCACUCACUCUAGCAACGAGCUGUUCCGCAUUGUAGCCCACCCCCUCAACAGCAAGCUUUGGGUGACCGUGUUCGGAGGAGGUGCCCGGAGCCCUGUCAUAGAGAAACCAAACAGCCCAACAAGAACACCCCCACUAGCCUCACCGAGUGGUUCAGAAAGGAAGUCCAGGCGAUUCAGGCUUCUGUCAUCACGCAGUGGAUCCAAGGAUGAGUCUGGAGUAGAGCGGGGGUGCCCAUCCAGUCCCAAGCAUGACCCUGUAGUAGAACAUGAAGCUACCUCCAUCUUUAAAGAACGAUUUGUCCCUCCAGAGCUCAGCGUUUGGGAUUACUUUAUCACCAAGCCUUUGCUGCCACCAUCAGAAAACACAAUUGAAUAUGACUCAGAGGAGAGCCAGGGCAGUCAAGAUGAAGAGGAAGAUGAUGAUCAAUAUGAAGAUGUGUUUGAUCCCAGCUCUCCGCAAAGAGAGCAUUCAAACCACAAUUCAUACAGUUGGUGUUUGAUGCGUCUGGCAAUGGUUCAGCUGGUGUUGGUCAACCUCAAGUCCUUUUACCCAAUGGCAGGAUAUGAUCUAUUAGAUCUGCCUGUGGGCUCUCCUCUGUGUCACGCUGUGCUGAAGACACUGCAGCGUUGGGAGCAGCUGCUGCAGAAAAGGCUGGAGAUCUUCGGGGGUCCCCCUUCCAAGUACAUCUCCAACUCCCUCCAGGAUGAAACAGCCGCACCGGGCCCCGCCCUGCUCAGACACAAGGCCCUGUUUGAACCAUCCAACACCCCGUUCAGGACUAGCCACCAUUCAGCACUGCCAGAGAAGCGUCUGUGGCAGUUUUUAGUCAAGCGGGAAGAAGUUCAGGAGACUUUCAUUAGAAACAUCUUUACCAAGAAACGGGACACAAAUGAGUCGGGUGAGGACCAGACUGACAAUAUGAAAUGUUCAGGGAUGGAGGAGACAGGAAACUAUCAGACUGAGACGGAUCUGGGAUCCCCCGGAGGAAAGGCACGCAUCAUCCACAAGGAAUCUGACAUCAUCACAGCCUUUGCCAUCAACAAGGCAAAUCGUAAUUGUUUAGUCAUGGCCUCCACCCAUGACAUUCAGGAGUUGGAUGUGUCAUCCAUCUUGGCCACACAGAUCUUGACAUGGAUUGAUGAUGAUGACGCCGAAGCCAAAGGUGCUUGUAGUGAUGACUUCCUGGUGGUUCAUGCACGUGAUGACUUUACCGCCCUCCACGGCACCACACCAUACACUCACAGUAGCCCCGGCACACCCAUCCACAUGCCAUGGCUGGGAGGAGUGCAGACAGGCCGGGGUGCAGCUGUGGUGAGAUCUAAACCUGAAGUUAUGAUCAAGAGAAAUAUCAACAAUGUGAGAAGAAUGACCUCCCAUCCCACACUGCCUUACUACCUGACAGGAGCUCAGGAUGGUAGCGUCAGGAUGUUUGAGUGGGGUCACUCCCAGCAGAUCAUCUGCUUCAGAAGUCCAGGCAACUCCAGAGUCACCAGAAUACGAUUCAACCACCAGGGAAACAAGUUCGGUAUCGUCGAUGCUGAUGGAGGUUUGAGUCUCUGGCAGACCAACACAAGUGGGAAUGCACCUAAACCGUACCUCACGUUGCAGUGCCACAACAAGACAGCUAACGACUUUGUCUUUGUGGGCUCCUCCUCCCUCAUUGCCACUGCAGGUCUUUCAACAGACAACAGGAAUGUGUGUCUAUGGGACACUCUGGUGACUCCUGCGAACAGCCUUGUACAUGCUUUCUGCUGCCACGAAUCCGGAGCUACGGUGCUUUUGAUGGCCUCCAGGCAGCAGCUGCUUAUCACCGGUGGGAGGAAGGGCUGGAUCAGUGUCCUGGAGCUCGCCCACAAGCACCAGCGUCAGAGCUUCCAGGCCCACGACUCGCCGGUCAAAGCGCUGGCUGUCGAUCCGACUGAGGACUGCUUUAUCAGUGGAUCAGCUGAGGGCAACAUCAAGAUCUGGAGCCUGGCCACACAGUGUCUGCUCUACACCUUUCCCAACGAACACGCUCGCCAGUCCAUGUUCAGGAACCUCGGCACGGGUGUCAUGCAGAUCGAGGUGGGACCGUCCAAUCACAUCUUCUCCUGCGGCGCCGACGGAACCAUGAAGAUGAGGUGCCUCCCCAACCGCUUCAGUGUCACCAAUAACAACAACAACCAUGGCAACCUCAAGAACGAUGUCAAGUUCAUCGUAUAGACAAAUAAGGUGUUGAAGCGAUUUAACGGAGUAAUGUGAAGUUGCCAGCACUACUGCUGUGGAAAUACCUUAAUGGACCUGGAACAGUGGGCGUCAUGCCGUGACAGAACAAUGAUGUCAAGUGUUAUUAACCAGUGUAAAUGAAGAAUGGCUUUCGUGACAAAACAAGGUGGAACAAUCAUAGGAUUUACAGACUUUCACAUGGUGAGAUCCAGUGAGUCGUCUGAUCCAGGGGCCAAAGAGUGAGACGAUCACAUCUGUCUCUUUGUGUGGUACAUGAACCCAAGCCGACCAAUCGCAGGAGCCUCUACAAGUGUUUUAAACUGUAGUAGAAGUUUAAAUGGGCACAGGGUAACAACCGAGGGAACAGUUAAUUAGAAUAAACUGAACAGGAGACAAAAACCCAGCUGCAGAUUCUCCAAAACAAUUCCAUCUCAGGAGGACUGAACAGCACAUGGAGAGCCUUUUUUGCACGGAAGGUGAAGCUGUAGAAGGAGCAAGAGGGACUGAGUCUCAGACUGUGAAGAGUCUAAAGCUGAAGCAUUGUUCUUCUUAUACAGUAUUACCAUAUCUAUUAGUUUAUAUUAGUAAAUCAGUCAUGGUAGUGGAAGCAGUGUUCAGGUAGACUGUGUAUGAAGUGCUAUCGUACAGUGACGGUAAGUGAUCCUUUCAGGGGUUUGAACGUCCUCACAAGACCGCUUCGCACAAUGCAGUAAGGCCAGUGGACAGCAUACAAAGCACAUAUACAGUCACAAGAAUUCCCGGCGCAUUCUGGUGCUCCAUAUACAUAGAUUAGCCAGCUUGGUUGGAAAAGCAGUGGACCAGGUGUUUGUUUACCAUCAAUCCACACUUCAUCACAGGAUGUUUCAUAUUACUAUUAUCAUUUCACAUUUCAAUUUUUUUUUUGAUGUUUGGCUGACGCACUUUUCCAGCCAGACUUUAAAUGAGCACAGGAAACAAAUUUUAUAACACGUCUCGUAAGGGACUAACUAUGCAAAUUAUCCAUUCUCUGGCAGAAACGAUGAGAUGAUCGAUACCUCUGAUGUUAGUCUCUUAAAUGUACGGCUACAGCCAGCAGAUGGUUAGCUUAGCUCCAAGACUGGAAACCAUCUUUGAGCUAAGCUAACCAUCUUAGCUCAAAGACUAAGCUCGUUGUAUCUUGUUUGUUUAAGUCGAACAAAUGCAGAGUUUUUUUGUCCUGAUUAAACAAGCAAUAUAUAACAAGUUUUAGAAGAUUUUGCUACCGUUGGUCAGAGCCAAGCUAACGUUAGCCGUUUCCUUGUUUCCAGUCUAAGCUAAGCUGACUGGCUGCUUGCUAAAGCUUCACAUUUAUCAGGCAGAUAUGAAAUUGGUGUAAAUCCUCUCAUCUAGCGUUGACUCUCCGCAAGAAAACGAAUAAGCAUAUUUCCCAAAACGUAAAAAUAUUCCUUUAAUCAAACUGGUAGAAAUAUGUGUGUGAGUUUACAUGUAUGCCGCUACAUUUUCUUAAUUUUCAUGGACUACCUGAAUGCGCCAUUGCUUUUACUCUAUUUGCACAUAAACAUGAAGCUAAAUUAUAUGUAGUUAAUGCAUAUAACUCUACGAGGCUGGGUGUCAGUAAAGCAAUCCAAGCCUUUGGUAAUAAGGUUAAUAUAUAGUACAAUGUUUGUUUAUCCUGGCCUAGAUUAAACCAGUGGUAUUGUUAUUAUUAGUAGUAGUAGUAUUAUUAUUAAGUGUCCUUAAUCUCUCUGAAAACUAUUUCUACCAUGCUGGCACAGGACUGAUAAUAUUGAUAUUAAGUAGCUUUCAUUUAACAAGGCCCUCGUUGGUAUGGGACACCAUGAAUAAUACCUUUUCUGGCUGUUUUCUUUUAAAUGUUCAAAUGUUAAGCUUAAGAACAUGUAGCCAGAAACGUUGUUGUUGACAAUGGAAAGGGGUUUUGCUGGGGCAGUUAAGUUUUAGUGAAAAUUGAAUUUUGUUGUGGAAAUGUUUGAUUCCAAUAACAAUGCACUUCCCUUUUAUCAACUUCCAAACUUUCAUUUUCCAAUAAGGACCAUGAUUUAAAACCGCCUUGGAAACAAUAUUGUUUGCCUUGUAGUAAUCUUCAUUUUAUUAGCGGUCCUGAUUUCUCUGGCUUGCUAUUCAGUUCCUUUGUCUAGGAAUUACCUUAAUUUCACUUUUUUGUUAUUCGGUUGCUUUAUAUAUCAUCCAAAUGCGGCAAAUUGCCUUCAGUACAUGCUUGGAAAAUGUAGGUUAGGUUGGUGUGUAAUAUGAUGCGUCUUCUACAUUAAUAAGAAAGGGGUUCAUGCAAACUGUCCUAUAGCCGUUUCGUCUGAAGGAGUAUAAUCCAUUAAGCUAUCUAGCCAUAGAACCUUGUUGUGCUGCUGUAGAGAAACAAAUGUACAUUAACUUUGAUUUCAGGGAGGAUAAACUGAAGAAAACCUUUUAGAUGAAGCUGAUUUAUUGCAGUUAUGUAUAUACAAAGAUCCAUAAACUAGGCUUCUCAUUAGGACUGCAUAAUCAUAAGGACUAAUCGUAGAUAUGACAGAAGCCACUUUAUGAAGAAUAUCAUUCUGUACACAGGUAUAUUUAUGAAAUAUGUUCAUAUUUAGGAUUAUAAACUGAGUGAUGGAGAUGUUAUUUUCUGCUUUUUUUCUCUUAUUCCUGAUGUGGGCUUGAAUGCCUGCAAUUUGUUUCCCCCACAAAUCAAAGAGGUUGGAAAUGAAUGUGUACUCCUGCAGCAACUGGAGAUGAAAUAUGUAUUAUCAAAGCCAAACUAUAUACUACUACAGAAACUGGAGACAAAGAAAGUCCAUCAGUGUUGCAGGAGAACAUUAAACAAACUUACUCGGCUAAAUCAAAUAUCCCAUUCUUUUUUUUCCUCCUCAAUCUUGCAAAUGUGAAUUUGAUCAGAUAAUUCUAAUUUUAUAAUGAAGAUGACAUGUAAAUCGAUGUAUUGUAUACAGAAAAUGUACCUAUGUAAUAAAGAAAUUAUGGAACAUGA